AAUCUGUUAUCACUACAAUGAUACUCAUACGGUAUCAAAUAGAGAUUAUGAAUAUCUCGCUUUUUUAAUUGUCAUAUCACAUAAUUUACAACGGUUUUAUUGACGAUUAUAAAUAAAAUCCCAAAAUCCAGGAAUCUAAGAUUGUUGAAUUGAAGAAAGAAAAAUAAAGUCAAAUAUAUAAAUAUAUAAAAAAGCAGAUAAUGAGUAUUUAGUAGAAAAUGUAUUGCAAAUGGAUAUAUAAUAUAUUGAGAAUUUAAGAUUUGCAAUUUAAUUUCUUUGGGGAGGGGAAUUCUAUUGGAUGAUUUGCAUUGACGUAAGCAACUUUUUCUUAUACAAAACUAUAAUUCAAAAAAUCAUUGUGCUGACAUAUCAAAAAUUUUUAUUCGUUAAAAAUUUGGUCUCUUUUUCUCAUCAUUGGUGAAAAAAGUAACGAAUGUUCUAAUCUAAUUAAUAAUCACACCUUGACUGUUAUUUCAGCCGUGGCGCAUGCCACUGCAGAAAUGACAUCGGCAAUUGCCGCAGUUUGACACACGUAUCGAAUCUUAUUGAGAAGAUCUUAUUCAUCAUAUCUUAUUUACAUAGUGAGCGAGGCCAAAAAUUUGUUUCAUAUAACUAUACACACAGACGAGUUAUCUCACAUGUAAACUAUCGUUUACAUUAACCCUAUCAUUAACCCUAUCAUUAAUCCUGUUAAAUUGCGAUUACGUUAUCAUUUAAGUGAUGUAUAUUAUUAGAUUUCUCGGAUAUGUUGCUUUUUUAAAAUAUAUAUUGCGUUUCAUCAGGAUCGUUUCGAAAGGAAUAACAUACUCGUACUUUUGAAAAAUCCUCGUUUUUUUCUUUUAACGUCUAUGCAACUUGAACGUGUAUAUAAAAGCUGAUGAGUGUUCUUCAACAAUAAUUUCGAUGAAAUCAAUUUCGAAUGGAUAGGUGCUUAUCUAAUAGAUAUGAGAUCGUUAAAAGAGCGCGGGAUGUAAGCUCGUCGAUUAUAUCAUCGCGAAGUGUUGUCGCAUUCACCGCGUUAUCGCGCAAUUAAUGCCCGAGGAAUCAGUCGUAUACAACACGCGUGACACGAUACGAAAAUCUAAAAAUACACAAGGCAGACAUCCAAAGAUACUUCACGGCUCCACUACGCCGGUAUUUCUGUUUUCUCGAUACCCCGCCGGCCCGUUCGCGAAAUUAUCGCGGUCGUCGCUCGCCACCCCCGCAGCUUUUUUGCGAACACAAUGCGACACACCACCACCGGUGAUACCAAACGCAUAUACAGCGAGCGCUAAUAAGCAUACGCCCGCAUGCAGGGGGGAGAAAGAGAAGGAGUGCGAACGUGAAGAAAACGAAGGCAUGAAUCACACUUUCAUUCGCUGUCUCAUUGUCCGUCGGUGCGGGAACAGGAGCUUUCUGUAUUGUGCUUUAUCGCAGGGAAACUGACUCACUUUGCUUCUUUCUCUCUCUUCCUGCCCGUCUGUUUCUCUUUCUCUUCGCGUAUACGUCCACCCAGCAGCAGCUUUGUUACACACGUCUCGUCAUUCUCCGCGGCCUAUGUUUGCGCGAAAAGCCCGAGCAAUCUCAGCAGUCUCUUUGUCACAGCUGUCUGGUAGCAGAUAGCGAGUCCGGCCGUGCCGAUGCAUCGGCACGGAGGAAAAAUACAGCGGCAACGUGUCUUGCUGCAUCCGCAGUCCGCACGGGAAAAUCAUCGGAAGAAGUCGAUCGUUGAACGGAUGCACUCGCGUCUAAAGAAUCUUUUUUUCUUCCCACGAGUAGCGAUUUUAUUUUAAGAGUAUGCGUUUAUUAAUUUUCUAUUUUAAUUAAUAUUUUGGAGUAAAUUCCAGAAAAAAAAGGAAGUGUCGAAGAAUUCCGUUGAAAAAGGUGACUUCUUUAUUCUAAAACCUCUACGUUUAAAUUUCCUCGAGAGCUUUUUAUCGCUAUUAUAGGUGAUUGUUGUUAGUAAGCUACUCUUCCUCCUUCUUAAGGAAUGACUCUUGGAACAGGAACACAAAUUUGUACAACGCAUAAAAGAUUCCUUUAUUUCUCUUUUUAGGAUAGAAAUGAAGGACUCCGAUCGAUUCAUUCUCUUAUGCAAAAAGUCCAUGUUCGAGUUGCUUUUUAUAUAUAAAAUGCGUAGUAAGACCGCUGGACCAAUAAACAUCUUAUGUAAAUCAAUACGGCGACUUUAUGCUGUGGGUCCUAUGCUAUGCUUAAUGCUAUGCAUAUGCUAUGCUAUGCAUUUUGUACAUGUCUGUUCAGGCCUUUGAAAAACGCGCGAUAUGUAUAGUACGAUCUAUGAAUGAGAUAAACGUGUGCAUGCGCCAGAGGCAAUGUAUUUUCGACAACGUUAGUCCCACUUUCUGUAUUUUUAGGCCAACGCUUACGUAGGCUCUUGCGCAAAAAAGAACGAUGCAAUUUGUACGCAUGUGAUCUCAGACCUCGGUCGAUCCCUAGGACGUAGUGGCGUAAUGUCAUCCGACUAUCCGAGCCACCUGGCUCCUGGCUCCGUGGUGAAUCGUCAUAAAUAAAUGACAGUAUAACGAAGGCCUUUUUUGUUUUUGUUGUGACAAGGAACUUUUCGAUUUGCAUUUUGCAUUCGCUCUGUAACUUCGCUGGAACCGGUUUUUUCCUUACAACUCUGAUAUUGCCAAUUCCUAAUCAGAUAAACGAUUAUCAAUAUCAUGUUGUUCUUCUGAGCUUAUCGAUAUAUAUUUUACAAUUGUUGAAUUUAUCUAAAUACAUUAUAUCUUUGAGCGCAACUUGGAUCGUUGAGAUACAACGAGAACCGAAGUGCAUUUUACGUUUUUGAAAGUUUUUCCAAAAAUUAACACAGAGUUGCUUGCCCCCUCGGACUCAUUAGACGAUAGAUUUUAUACGGCCUCCUAGGAUCGUUUAAAUCCGAAAGAUACGUAGAUUCGUGAUGCGCACGAUCGCGUUAAUGCUCACGUCCGCGGGCCCUGAUCUCCCACCAUCGCAAAACCGCAGCAAAGCACGACGGCAAAACGUGCGUUCGUUUACAGCUGUUUGCCAGUCGUCACCGGACCGUCGCCGUGGUGUCUGGCGAAGGUCAUUAACGCUGUCGUGAUUAUCGUCGUCGUUCGCCGCCGCUCGCAUUCCCGCUCGUCAUUGUGUAAUUUUUUUCGGCACCGCAUUUAAAUUGUCUAGCAAUUCGAGAUGGCUGGAACGACGAAAGAUUCCCGUUAUCUCGCGUGAAAUACGCAUCUCGCGACAGAGGAAAGAGUUAAAAGGCAUAGGAGAGAGAGAGAGAGAGAGAAAGAGAAAAAAGGAGUGAUCUCACGACAACGGAAGCUGCGGAUUGAUCUUUCAAUUGAAUCGCGAACGGGUAGCCGGGUAAAACAGUAAAUACAUUAUCAGCGAUAGUGAGAGAGUGAUCCAUCGAAGGAGACCGGCACGAAGAUCAACCGGUUGAAAAAGAGAGUCCUCAAGAUGGGCCUGGCAGACGCGGAUUUGGGCAUGGGUGCAGGAGCAGCGGGUGGUCCCGUCCUGGCUCUCCCUGGUCCAGGAGUCAAUGCCGCCCUCUCACAAACAUGCGCCAUAUGCAGCGAUCGCGCCACGGGGAAGCACUACGGCGCCGCAUCCUGCGAUGGCUGCAAGGGUUUCUUUCGCCGAUCCGUUAGAAAGAAUCAUCAGUACACAUGCAGAUUUCAAAGAAAGUGCCCGAUCGAUAGGGACAAGCGAAAUCAAUGUAGGUACUGCCGAUUACGGAAAUGCUUCAGAGCCGGCAUGAAGAAGGAGGCUGUGCAAAACGAGAGAGACCGGAUAAGCUGUCGGCGACCUAGCAACGAGGAUCCACCUGACAAGAAUAAAGGCCCGUCGAAGGAGGAUGUGGUGAAGGCAGAUGCACGAGCCGAAAUGCUCAGCAAGCAAGUUGGCGGGUUAGAGGUUCCACAAAUAGACAGUUCAAGCAACGAAAUCGAUCUCAGCACGAAGCGAAUAGCUGGAUUGAACGACGUGUGCGACAGCAUGAAAGAGCAAUUGUUGAUCUUGAUCGAGUGGGCCAAGUGUUUCGACGAGUUUAAAGCGUUAUCGCUGGACGACCAAGUCGCGUUGCUGAGGGCCCACGCUGGCGAGCACCUGUUGCUGGGGGUGGCGAGGCGUAGCAGAAACUUUACGGACGUACUAUUACUAGGCAAUGACUGUAUCAUCAUGAGGAAUUGUCCUGUAAUAUCGUUGCAAUUUAUAGAGGGAAACAAUCAACAGGACCUGGACAUUAGCAAGGUGGGCAUCAGGGUGAUGGACGAACUGGUGAAACCGUUUCAGAAGAUUAAGAUCGACGACACGGAGUUCGCUUUUCUCAAAGCUAUCGUGUUCUUUGACCCGAAUGCGAAAGGAUUGAGCGAUCAGAAGACAGUUCGGGAGUUGCGUCACAACAUCCAGAUAAAGCUCGAGAAUCACAUCAGCGAUCACCGCUGCGAUCUGCCAGGACACUUCGGCGAUAUUCUAUUGAUGUUACCGGCUCUGCAAUCGAUCUCGUGGCAGAUGGUCGAGCAGAUCCAAUUCGUCAGGCUGUUCGGAGUGGCGCACAUCGACAACCUGCUUCAGGAGAUAUUCCUGGGCGGCACCACAUCAGACAUGAACGGCACCGCCACGCCUUUAGCGAUCUCGAACACCGCGCCGGGCAGUUAUAUGAGCAGCAACGAGAGCCCCAGCAGUCCCCUGACGCCGGCGAACACUGGCAAUCUGAGCCCGCAAACCGAUCAGAUGCCCGUUAUGAUUCUGAGGGAUCUCACGCCGAACCAGGACUUCAGAUAUUUCAAGCAAGAGCCCAGCCUCGAGCCGGAGACCAGCUUCUGACUAGCUUCAUGAGCUGGGCUCAUGAAUAGCCAACGACAUUCUGCUCAAAAAUUGUUGCUCAAUUAAUAAAACGGCACAUAUUAUGUUAGUCGAAUCAAAUGUGAUCGUUGGCGUUGAUCUACAAAAUACGGCAGGGAGGGAGACGAGAUGUGUGUCGUAACGUGUCAAGAGCUACCACGAAAAAAUAUUUAGAUUUAUAUAAUUAUAAAUUUAACGGCGCGGCAUGCUCUGCCGUUACAUUUAUAAUCAUAUCCCGUUUUCUUUGCGGCUCACGAUUAACUAAGGCCCGCACUUGUACAGAUAACGAUUAAUCGCCGACCAAGACGAAUGUGAUAAGCGAUAAGAUCGUGUUUUGCCACUAUUAUUGCUACUGUUGCGACAGUAUUCUGGCCGUUUCCGAAAUCCGGGCUAGGGCUAGAGAUCAAAAAUAAUGCGCGUAAUACAACCGUGCAAUUGACAAUAUUAAUUAUUAGCGACUAACUUGGAGCAGGAAUUGAAACUGAUGCAAUUUUGGUGGAUCUCCAUUGAUAUAUAAAAAUUUAAGACUUUUAGCUUUGUCACAAGUAAUUGUAGCAUUUCCAUUAUGCGUUAUUAUAAUUUUAAAAAGGCUCGAUUUUACAUCUUAUUGCUAUCGAAAUUCGAAUUCAGCGAAAUAAUAUCAGUUUCAAAACUUGAUUUAGAAAAUAGAAAGUAAGGCCACAUCCGAUGUAUGUACUAUUAUUUUUGUACACACACAAAAGUAUGUACACAAGUCGAGUUAAGUAAUCAAAAACAAUAGAAAACAUCAAGUAUUGAUGUAAUGAGAAACAUAUUUUUUUCUACUAUUCCGUUUAGUUCGCGAAUCGGAUAAAUAGCGUUAUUGUAAUUCGUGAUGUAGUGUAAAUAGCAUGAUACAGCAAUGUUUAACGAUAUAUAUAACAUUCCAAGUAUAUAUAUAAUUAUUGUAUCGAUAUAGAUAGUAGCGUUAUAGAUAGUCUUAUAAAAUAGCUGAUGGGACACGCGCACUAACAUAAUCAUCGAGUACGGGAUCCCUGCAAAAUGAAAAAUGCGCCAUUACAAUGCAAUUUACUUUAGUAACGUAGUGAUGAGGAGUGUACAGGUUGGCCAUUCUGCGCGUGCAAAUGUCGAGCGGUAAGCCGGUCUGCCACAGCGGCUGUGCCUAAUAAAAAAAAAAAAAAAAUAGCUAGCUGCAUCUUAUCACGAUGUUAAGUAGUCGUUAGAGCGAAAUGUCAACGAUGACAUUUAUGGCCGGAUAGAAAGCAAUAGCAUAAUAAUCAGAUAACAAGUAAAGUUAACAAGA